CUUCUCUGUUGCCUCGCGAUGAACACAUUAGUACUGUUCCUGGUGGGUGUGCUGGCUGUGGUUUGGGCAGACAAGGCUCCUGCAGUGUCCUACGGUCCACCUCCCUCAGCGUCCUACGGACCUCCUCAGGUGCCAGUUCGCAAAACCUCCGAAGAAGUCUUCGAACCGGCCAAGUAUGGCUACGGGUACACGGUCCAAGACGGGGAGACCAGCAACGACUUCGCCCACCAAGAAGAUCGCGAAGAUGAGAACACUAAAGGGUCGUACAGCGUUCAGCUCCCCGACGGUCGUCGGCAGAUUGUGUCGUACUAUGUGGAUGGUGAUUCCGGUUACGUUGUUGACGUGAAGUACGAGGGAGAGGCUCGCUACCCUGACUCCAGUGAGAUUAGAUCCUACGAACCUCCCAGACCUCGCUAUUCUGCACCUAAGAAGGAUGAUUCAAAGGAGGUCGUUCCCGUGUACGUUCCACCAAGGCCCCGGUACACUGCCCCUAAGAAGGAAUCAGAGGAGGCUGUCCCCGUGUACACUCCACCAAGGACUCAGCAUUUCGCUCCUCAGCAGGAUGAUUCCGAGGAAGAGGCCCCCGUGUACACUCCACCAAGGACUCAGUAUUUCGCUCCUCAGCAGGAUGAUUCCGAGGAAGAGGCCCCCGUGUACACCCCACCCAGACCCCGCUACUCAGAACCCCAGGAAGAAUCAGACGAAGUACUCCCCGUGUACGGUCCACCCAGUCGAUCAUACGGCAUCCCCGAGUAAUCAGUGAUCAUUCCACCCUCUAACAGCUAGAUAUAGCAAUAUUAUAUUUAUGAGGAGGCUCUAAGCACGUAGGGGUCACACAGCGCCCGAGGAAUGGGAGUCAAUCGGGUUUCUUGCAAGAGACUGGUAGAUCCUGUUCUUAAAACCUUACCCCAAGAACGACACAAGACAUCCUGGCGCAUCCUGCCAUCAGGCAGGAUGUGUCAACUUAUUAAUAGUAUUCCCUCAUCUUUUGCCUCAUAUCUCGCCUAUCCUACCUCAUAUCUCGCCUAUCCUGCCUCAUAUCUCGCCUAUCUUGCCUCCUAUCUCGCCCAUCCUGCCUCAUAUCUCGCCCAUCCUGCCUCAUAUCUCGCCUAUCUUGCCUCCUAUCUCGCCUAUCCUGCCUCAUAUCUCGCCCAUCCUUCCUCAUAUCUCGCCUAUCCUGCCUCAUAUCUCGCCUAUCCUGCCUCAUAUCUCGCCUAUCUUGCCUCCUAUCUCGCCCAUCCUGCCUCAUAUCUCGCCUAUCCUGCCUCAUAUCUCGCCUAUCCUGCCUCAUAUCUCGCCUAUCCUGCCUCAUAUCCUGCUUCAUCUCCCUCAGAUCUUGUCUAUUCUUCCUCCCCUUUGAAAAGUAAACUUUUCUU